AUGGCUCUUGGGGAAUCUAUUAUGAGUAAUAUAUUUGGAGGACUUUCCAACGACUUCAAAAAAAAGAAUUUUUCACUUUAUGGUCAAUGGAUUAGUAUUUUAACAAUAUUUUUAUGUUUAGCAUUGGGUAUUGCUAAUAUAUUUCAUUUCAAUUUAGUCAUUAUUUUCUCAAUUAUAUGUUUAGUUCAAGGAUUAAUUGUUAUAUUUGUUGAAAUUCCAUUCUUAUUAAGAAUAUGUCCAUUAACAGAUACUUUUACCAACUUUAUUCGUAAAUUUGAUGGUAAUUUACCAAGAUGUGGAUUCUAUUUAUUAAAUGCAACUAUUCAAUAUUUAAGUUUAGUUUUACAAGCAACAAGUUUAUUAGUUGUUGCUAUAUUUUUCACAAUAUCAAGUGGUUGUUAUGCUUUAGCUCAUUUUAAAAAUCAAGAAUACUUGAAAUCUUCAAUUGAUGUUAGUGGUACCGGUCAAGGUGGUGCUUUAGAAGCUCAAGUUGGUGAACAUGUUGUAAGAAAUGUUUUGUAG